CGUUAACUUUGUUCUCCAGGGAGUCCCUCCCGGUGGAGUUCCACGAUGUCCCUCUCGGUACGACCCCAGCGGCGCAGUCUGGUGGUCAGGAUCAAUAGGAGCCAGUCCUUUGCUGGGGUCAACUCCUCCCAGGACAAAUCUUUCAGGAAUUUCCCUGCGUUCAGUACACCAACGGUCUCCAGGAAGUCUGGCUCCAGGGUCAGUAGGAUGUUUUCAAUGUCUCAUAAAUCCCCUCCACCCAAGGUGCCCCAGCCAGAGCGACUCGAUGAAGUGUACGAAGCGUUGAAGAAAGGGCUAAGUGCUUACUUGGAAGUGCACCAGCUGGAACUGGAGAAGCUGAGUACCCAGAUCCGUGAGUCCAAGAGGAAUUCUCGCUUGGGCUUCCUCUAUGACCUUGAUAAGCAAGUCAAGUCAAUUGAGCGUUUCUUGCGUCGCUUGGAGUUUCAUGCUAGCAAGAUUGAUGAGCUCUACGAGGCCUAUUGCAUCCAGCGACGGCUCCGAGAUGGAGCUCACAAUAUGGUCAAGGCCUACACAGCUGGUUCCCCUGGCAGCAAGGAGGCGCGUGAAAGCUUGGCUGAAGCUGGCAAGGGCUAUAAGGAGUACACGGAAAACAUGUGUCUGUUGGAGAGUGAAUUGGAGAGCCAGUUGGGAGAGUUCCAUAUCAAGAUGAAAGGAUUGGCUGGCUUUGCUAGACUCUGUGCAGGGGACCAGUAUGAGAUCUUCAUGAGGUAUGGACGCCAGCGAUGGAAACUACGGGGUCGCAUUGAGGCCAACAGCAAGCAAGUGUGGGACAGUGAGGAGAUGAUCUUCUUGCCCCUCAUUACAGAAUUUCUGUCUAUCAAGGUGACGGAACUCAAGAGCUUGGCCAGCCAUGUAGUAGUGGGGAAUGUCUCUUGCGAGACCAAGGAUCUCUUUGCAGCCCUGCCCCAGGUGGUGGCAGUUGAUAUCAAUGAUCUCGGCACGAUCAAGCUGAGCCUGGAGGUCAAUUGGAAUCCCUUCGAUAAAGAGGACCAGCCGUCUUCUGCCAGUACUGUGAAUAAGGCAUCGACGGUCAAUAAGCGAUUCUCCACUUACAACCAGAGCCCGCCUGACACUCCUUCCAUGAGAGAACAGGCCUUUUAUAACAUGCUGCGGCAGCAGGAGGAACUAGAGAAUGGGGCAGCCUGGUCCAUCUCUUCAGAGUCAUCAGAUGACUCUUCCAGCCCCCAGCUGUCUGGAAGUGCCCGACAUUCACUGCCCAGGCCUAUUGUGCAACCCGCAGUGCAGGUCACUGCACCUGCCAUUGAAAUUGCUUUUACCCAGCCUGAGGUCAAAGAACCAGCAGUCCGAGAGGAGGCUGCCAUGGCAAACGGACACGUGCCCUAUGCCCGGACUCUUAGCCAGAUCAGCGAAGCAAGCGUAGAUCUGCCAAUGGCAGAAGAGAGGGAGUGUCCUGUCCCCAACGACUCUAGCCCUUGGGAUGUCCCUCCCCUGGAAACGAACUCCUUGCCCCCAAGUGUGGGCUCGCCACUGGACACUCAGAUCUGUGAGAGUGAAGAGCAAGAGGGUGAGUCUGAUGGGGCCACCCCUGUUGCAGAGGAGAGCAAGGACACUCCUGGUCCAGCCCAAGAAGUUCAACAGCCCAAGUCCUCAUUGGCCCCGUCAGCCCUGGGAGAGCUUCAGCCAUCAGGAAUCUCAGAAGCCCCAAGGCCCAAACCUGUGGACUCUGGCCUGGAGGAGGCCAUCAACACACUGGCUUCUGCUCUCGAUGACUAUCGGGGACAAUUCCCUGAGUUGCAGAUUCUGGAGCAGGAACUCAAGCACCUUGAGGAGAUUCUCUUGCAAAAGCAAGGGCUGUGCCUGAGCCGAGCCUCCAGUACCAGCUUGACGGUGGAACACGCACUUGAGAGUUUCAGCUUCCUCAAUGCUUCUGAUACAGAAGACUCAGAAGGAGAUGAUGACAAGGUGGCGAUGGCGAGCAGUGCGCAGGCUACAUCUGUGGGCAAGGUGCCAGGUGACGCUGUGGCUGAAGACUCCGCUGGGUGCCUGAGCUCGGAGGGCAGCUUGGAGCCCAUGAGCACUGGCAACGAAUUCCUUGACAGGGCCCUGGUCCUGCAUCUGAACCACUGCAACCGCUUGCUGCUAAAACUGGGCAACUUUGGACCUCUUCGCUGCCAGGAAAUGUAUGCUCUUGACAGGUUGGCAAGAGAAGUACAGGUUCUAGAGAUGGUCUGUCGCCUGAUAGUGGAUCGAGCGGGGCUAGCCAGCUCUGCUGAGGAAGUGGUACAGUUCUCCAAGUGGAAAGAAGGAGUUUUCCCCUUCUGGGAUAGUUGCGUGGCCGUCCCUAAUGUGUACACCUGCCCCGUUGAAAAGUUCAUGCAGACGUUCAAGGCGGAGUUUGCAGCACGAAUCAACGACCGCCAGCAGGGCUUGGCGGAUUCAGUGUGUGUAAAGCUGGUGGAAGAACUUCUGCAACAUAGACUACCCAGGCGUCAGCAGAGUUGUCAGGCUGAGCAGGUCACCCUCUUCCAAUAUUGGAGCCACUUUGAGGUCCUGCCUGUUGUUACACUGGACUCCUACAUCUCGGAGCUGGCUGAAGAAGUCCUGCUAGCACAAAACCUCAACUCUGAUGACCAAGAUGUGGUCUUGAAAGCACUGAAACGAGUUCCUGAGAGCCGGCUACGCAAGGAUGGACUGAAAGCUUUGAGUUUGCUUCUUGUUGAAGGAAACACCAAAGUUAUUGGGGCUGUAACGGCACAGUUGCGCAACCUGUCAGAGAACCCCAGUUUUCGGGAGCGGGCCCUUAUCUGCUUCUUGGAGCAGUUGGAGGAUGAAGAGGCACAGACGCGAGUUGCUGCCUGUGCUGCUCUGGGCUGCCUUAAGGCCAAGGAGAGCAUUGAACAGCUGGUGUAUCUGUGCCAAACUGACAAAGAGGCCGUGCGGGAAGCAGCCAGACAAAGCCUCCUCCUGUGCGGGGAAGAUGGCAAAUCAGCUCACCGAAGGCUUGAAGAAUCCCUGGACAGUUUGCCACGGAUCUUUGCCCCAGGGAGUAUGGCCAGUACUGCAUUCUGAGAGAUGCAGCCUCAAUUCACCUGCUGAUCCAGACUUUGCAUGCCACAGAACUUCAGCGGAGUAACUCAGACCGAAGUCAAAUCGGCAUAUCGCAGAAUGGGCAGCUCUUUCACUUUUGGUGCGUGUCCAUGCAGCAGUAUGAAUACCACUGGCCUGCUGCCUUAUGUGGAGAAGGCCUUGUCCUAGCUCUUUGGCUCUAGCAGCUAACAAGUGUGAGGCAUUGAGGAAAUCCCCUCUGUUGUUUCUCCUUCUACAGAAGUCUACUGAAUUUGGAGGGUGGUGUUGAAGUGGGCAUCUUGUCAUUAGCCAGGACCAAAAUAGAUCCCUGUCUGGAGAAAACCAGCAACGGUUGCAAAGGCCAUCGAUUUGAGAUAAACUUGGAAAAAUGUAUGUUUAAAGUCCUGCUUAAUGUUUAGCCUGUUUAUUUUUCAACUGUUUCCUCCACCCUCUGGGACUGUGAAUUCUGCAGGAAAUUGGGGCCAGCUAUCCUCUGCUACUGCUUUGGACAAACUACAGAUUCCUCCUCUUGAUUGCAGAGGGGAGAGAGACCCGAAAGAUGAUAGGAAGGAGUUCUUCAUUCCCAGUGAGAGAAGGGAAAGAAAUGUCUUUUUAAUGACGAUGCUAUGGAAGAUGGAAACAAAACAGGCAGAAGUUGCCUCUUCUUGUGCUAUUUUAAUAUUUUGUGUGUGUGUGUGUGUGUGUGUGUUGGGGGGAGGAGAGGCUACAGCCAAAUGGAAGCAAAACGUCCUUUUCUACAAAGUAUCUAUAAAUUUAUCUGUACAUCUACAUAGCUAUAUAAAUAUAUAUAAUGUAAUUAUCAAGAGGUUUGGCUAAUUUUGACUUUAAGCCUGAAAUAAACUGAAGUUUGAGCAAAUAAAUUGAAAGUGUGUAAUUUUGUGGACUCUUUUUGGCAGCUUCCCAUAGCUGCUGUGGGAAGUGAGGUACUGCAGAU